CUACGAGCACCGAGGGGAGCGGGGGUCAGGACUCCUCCGGCAGCACAAGGGUUGCGCUCGAGACGCGACUGUAACAUCGGGAACGCGGAUUCGAUACCGGCGAGUGCCACCACAAAGAGCCACCGUGCGGUAGGGAAGAAGCAGAGGUGAAAGGGAAAGGCACUGCUAUGAAGAGGUGGCUGAGGAAAGAGAGGAUUCCCUCCCGUGAGACAGAGGAGACGACCUUUGCCCCUCCACUCAGAAUCUGCACUGUUUGCGUGAUGCAGUCACCGGUCAAAGUCUGACUCGCAGCACCGGGACACCAUAUGAAAUCCCUGCGCACUCUGCCGAUCGGCAGCUCCGCCGGGCCUCGACUCCCUGGACCCGUCUCUCACCGCAACAUGGGACCCGGCGCCCACGCCUUCGUCCCGCUCCUGCUCCUGCUGUGCCUCACCGGGGCGCCCGCGGCGGCCCUCGGCCAGGAGGCCGACCCCGCGCCCACCAAAGCCGGCGCGGAGGACUCCGGCUGGGGCCUGAACGCCGUCCGCGACGGCUUCCAGGCCGUCAACGGGUAUUUCGAUUCCGUGGUGGAGCUGAUGGGCGGCCGCAACGGCGUGUGCCAGUACCGCUGCCGAUACGGAAAGGCUCCUCUGGCGCGUCCCGACUACAAGAGCCCCGAACCCAACGGAUGCAGCCUCUCUCUGCUGGGCUACCAGGUACCGCAAAGUCUGGACGCGGGGAUCCCGGCCAUGACCAAGUGCUGCAACCAGCUGGACGCGUGCUACGACACCUGCGGCUCCAACAAGUACCGCUGCGACUCCAAGUUCCGCUGGUGCCUUCACGGAAUCUGCUCCGACCUCAAGCGGAGUCUGGGCUUCGUCUCGAAGGUCGAAGCUUGCGAGACUCUGGCUGAUACGCUGUACAAUGCCGUUUGGACACUUGGCUGCAGACCCUACAUGAAUAGCCAGAGGGCAGCAUGCUUCUGCGAAGGGGAGGAGAAGGAUGAGCUGUAGCGAGGCUCUGAGCUCACCUACCGCGCUCGGCGAAGCCCGGAUCCGCGGAGGCCGGGAAGAACGCGGAUCAACGUAUCGCAACUCUGGAACCAGUAGACAUCAUGAACCAAGAAAUGCAGCUAAGGAGGCAGCGCGAUGAGAGGGGAGGGGGGAAAAAAAACACAGAAAGACACAGUCCAAACAGCCGCAGCUCAGGAUCCGGGCUCACGCCGAGACGACGACGUGGCCCCGGAACCCGUAUCGGGAACGGCGCAAGCCGGAACCAACGGUACCCAAAAUAAGCAAAGAACCGCAGAGCCGAGGAACACUACAGCACUGCUCAAGCAGAUCAACUGGAGACACCAGCCUUGUAACCCAAAGGUUGCAGGUUCGAGUCCCAGCAGGGGUGGUAGUCUAGAGCGUGCACUUUGACAACCUCACAAAACACAUUUUGUGUGCGCGCGCACACAUUAAACCCUUCAAACAAGAUGGCCUUUGCAGUGUGGGGGACAACUAGUACAGGUGCUUUGGUAACCGUAGCAACAGAUCAACACACAAUCGCUGCGGCCUGAGCCCCGACACAACUUGCAUUUUCCAAGUUUCCGCUGCACAGUUGCUGCGUAGAUACACGGGCACCGAGUUGCACGUAACCAUCCUCUCGGCGCGUCUCAUUAUUAGCCUAAUUCGUGGACAUUUUAGGGCGACUUCACUUCCAACACUUCUUCGGAAGUCAAACGGAGCUUUGCACAAAGCAAACAAUUCUGUAAAACCGGUACAUUCAAAGGGGUUAUUUUGUUCUUAGCAUCAUGAUGCCAACUUUGCAAACAUAUCUAGAGCCGCACUGCAAAUUGCCCGAAGUCUAAACCAACAGCAUGUAAAACACAUGGGAUGGGGAUUAUUCCAGCACUUUAUUCCACGGUACGUCUUUUUUUUUUUUGGCAACAUAACAUGAUGUAAACGUGUACGAAAGUAUUGUUAAGAUUUAUUUGAGAGCAA